GGCAUCCAACACAGCUUAAAUCGAUGAUAGAUCACUACUCUGGGAGAAUAAAGAGAAGCUGCACUGCUCCAGAAUAGGUCCUUAACCAAUCAGAGAUAAGAACGUACAUCUGUCUAGAGGUAAGGUUGGGCAACUAUUGGGAAGCUUCCUUGAAUGUGCCAUAAAGCAAUAAAGAACAUGAGAUAAACAACACAUCUUUUCCCCUUAAGGAAUAUUGCGGAAUGUGUACUCUAUUUGAAGAAAUAUAUUAUUUUACUAAAGACUUUGACUGACUACCAUGGCUGCGAGCACCUUUGGAGCAUUUAUUUGCAGCUUGAUCACAAACAGCUAAUGCCAUUGUACAUACUGAGCCAUUCACUAACUGAAAUGGAAACCCUAAGGCAAGUCCAAAGCUUCGGUAGCUUUGUUGCCUCUAACAGAGCAUCCUGGCUGGUGUUCAUCAUUAUUCUAGUUACUUGCUGCUCAUCUUUGCAUAUAAGAGCCCGUCCUCUCAUCCCCAAUUCUCCUUUCAUCUCCAUCUGGAAUGCUCCUACAGAGCUUUGUACUGAGAAGGCUCGAGUGCAGCUGGAUAUGAGACUCUUCCACUUGGUAGGAAGCACAUUGAAGACAUCCACUGAGCAGAGUACUACUAUAUUCUAUGCUAACAGGCUCGGCAAUUAUCCUUACAUAGAUGAGAACACAGGUGAGACAUUUAAUGGUGGGAUCCCCCAACUCUGUUCCAUUGAGCAUCAUUUAAAAAAAGCCAAUGAUGACAUUAAUUUUUACAUGCCUUCAGAUGAACAGGUUGGCUUGGCUGUCAUCGACUGGGAAAACUGGAGGCCAUUAUGGAUACGGAACUGGGGAUCGAAAGACAUUUACAGACAGGUGUCUGUUGAGUUUGUUCAGCAAAAAGAUGUAAGCCUAUCAGAAACCCAAGCCAGGACUUUAGCCAAAAUGGAAUUUGAAGCUGCAGCAAAAUCACUUAUGUUGCAAUCUUUAAAACUGGGAAUAUCAAUGAAGCCGAAUCAUUUGUGGGGAUACUACCUUUACCCUGACUGCUAUAACUAUGAUUACAACCAAAAUCCCCACAAUUAUACAGGAAGCUGUUUAGAUAUUGAAAUAGCAAGAAAUAAUGAGCUUAAUUGGUUGUGGGAGGAAAGCACAGCACUUUACCCAUCUGUCUAUCUGGAAACGGCCUUGAGAUCUUCCAAAAAUGCACCACUCUUUGUUCGUAAUAGAGUUCAAGAAGCCAUUAGAGUUUCUAAUGUUUCGAAUUCCACCUGUCCACUUCCCAUUUUUGUAUAUACACGUCCAGUAUUCACAGAUUUCAAUCAGGAAUAUCUCUCUCAGGAUGACCUUGUAAAUACCAUUGGAGAAUCUGCUGCAUUAGGGGUGUCUGGAAUUGUAAUCUGGGGAGACCUGAAUUUAACACUGAGUGUGAACACUUGCAGAGCUCUGGACAGCUACCUUAGGCACACUCUGAAUCCUUACAUCAUCAAUGUAACCAUGGCAGCCAAAAUCUGUAGUCAGGUAUUAUGCCAUGACUCUGGUGCAUGUGCACGAAAGAACUGGAACUCCAGUGACUAUCUUCAUCUGAACCCAGAGAAUUUUGUCAUUCAGAUGUCAAGGAAUGGGAAAUAUGCCAUACAAGGGAAGCCAGCAUUUCAGGAUCUGCAGCGAUUUAUAGAAAAGUUUUAUUGCCGCUGUUAUGCAGGCUACAAUUGUGAACCUAGUGUUGAUCUAAAUGACAUCCACUACAUCAAUGCCUGCAUUUCAGAAGAUAUUUGUGUUCAAGUAUCCUUAAAUUCACUUUCUAAUGUAGAAGCCUCUGGGGCUAGAGCCUCUUCCAACAUGAGUAUAUUUUCAUUUACCCCACAGAGAAACAUAACAUUACCUGCACAUAAUGCAACAGGAGGUUUUCAGCCAACUAUUUGGAAUAACACAUUCAAUGUAUCUACUGCAGAACACAUCAAUGCCCCAACUAACAGUAGUGGUGAUUUCAAGAUAACCAAUACUCAUAGCUUCAGUGGUUCAUCUUCUGAUGAGAUGAAGAUAUUGGAUGUGGUUUGUUUAAUUCUAAUUUUGAGAAACCUAAUCUAAAUGUCUCAACUGAUGAAAGAAUGCCAUUUUCCUUUUUUCUUUUUUCAAGGCUGUGUUCAGCAUUCUGGAGUUUUUUAUUCCCACAAAGGGACCAUUCUUGAAAGGAGAUAAGUAGCUGUGAUUUCUGUGGAUUUAACUGGAUCAGUCUCAUUUUCUGUGCCUCAAACUGUACAUCAGCUUUUCAGUUGUCAGAGAAAAACAGAGUUCUCACUCUCAGGUUGGGUGCAGCAAGUCAGAUACUUUAUUUAGACUAUAGUCUACAUUCCAUAUUUAUCUAACACAAGGUCACAACAACUUCUCAUACAGUUCUUUCCCACUCGCCUCACACAAUCCUCGCUUCUACAAAUCUCGCGUUAUUAGGGUUACAGCUAGCCUGACUCUUGCUCACACAAGGGGACUGUUUGAAUAUGAAAUCCCCUUCAAAUCCCUGUCAGUUCUUUCUCUACUUCCAACAGUUUAGUUCUAAAAACUACUAUUUGUGCCAGAGAAAUACUGGUCACAUCUUUGUGUAACAGAAUAAUCCCAAAAAAUGAACAUUUUGUAACUAAUUUUUAUAUUUGAAAAACAAACUUUUAUAUGGUUGAGGGAGCUAUUUGUAAUAGAAGAUUUUGUGUGUCAAAAUAAGUGUGUGAAAUUCAUUUCAAACUGAUCCUAAGUGGGUCUUGAGUAGUACGUAGAUUUGGUGCUGGUCCUCCUUAUGGGAUGAAUUUUCAUCCAGUGUGAAUAUAAAUACUAGUUUCUACAAAUACCUGGAUUAACUUUAGAGCUGAGGAAAUAAUUUGCAGCCAAUUUCUGCUUUUAGAACAUCUGCAAGGAUUUUGCAAUAUAUCCCUUAUUUAAAUAUAUUCAAAGACUUUUUUAAAAGUUAUUAAUUAUGCCCUAUGGAAUGAUUACAAACAAUUCACCUCAAGUAUCUAAUAUUCAAUAUUCUAAAUUUGAUCUGUAUUGGCUAGGUAUGAGUGGUCACAAAAGUCAUAGGGUAUUUCUGUUCUUUCAUUGAAUGAGCUAAACUCCCAUCAUCUGGAGGAGGGAUUGAAGAAGCUACUGGGGUCUGUGAGUGGCAGAAGCUGUGGACACUAGCACUAUGCCGGUGUAACUUAUGUUGUUCGGGGGGGGGUGGAAUAUUCACAUAAGUUUUGCGGACAAAAGUGGUAGCAUAGACAUAGCCUAAAUCAUUAGCUUAUAGAAUAUUAAACACAAAACUAUGUUCAAAGAACAUUAAGGUUGCAAAGUUCAGCACUCAAAAGUUAAGGAAUGCCAGCACUAAGGGUGCCUGUACAAACUUAAUUCACCCCUCCUAUGCAUGUGCAUUACGGUAUAUGAUUAUACUGUUUUUUUCCAUAGAACCUCUGACUCAUUCAUUCAGAGUGGAUGGUGCUCCAUGAAUGAGCAGCUAUUCAAUAUGUUGUUUUAUACUUGUUGUUCCACGUGUGGCCCUAGGCCCUAUUUACUGCACAUUAUUCAAUCCCCUGCUCUGAAGAAAAAAAUAUUGUCAUCUUGGGCUUUACUAUGGUGCUUAUCACUAUGGUACCUGAGUGCUUCACAAAUAUGAAUUGAUUUUCACAACAGGUCUAAUGCUAUUAUCCCCAUUUUACACAGGGGGAGCUGAGGGCCAGAGAUUAAGGUCAAAAUUAUCCACUAACUUUGUGUGUCAGAUUUGAUCUGCCUAGGACCUGAAUUUUCAGAAUCCUUAACAUUAUAUAACAUUUGAUACUGUGGUGGGGCGAUUACCCCACAC